CCUCACCACCCAUCCUUCACAUAAACAAACAUAUUUAUCUAUAUUCUACGUCAAGUAUUAACAUUAUAUCACCCUUAUUAACAUUAAAUUACAUGAUUUAGUGUCAUUGUAAGAUACAGGUGAUAAUAGUGAAGAUACAGGACUGGACAUGUCAGGAGUGUUAGCGACCAUAGCAUGCCGCACCAAGCAGGUUUCUCUGGCUGCUCUAGACCCGACCGUGUUGUUGGCAUUUCGUCAGAGUUGGUUACCGGGCUUGAGAGUCGCUAGCUCGGGGGUGUGGGUGCGGUCGGCAGGAAGCUAUAGCUGGUGCACAGGACGGAGAUCACCUCGCACAUCAUAUCUUCAUGAAGAAUAUUUUCAGGAUAUAAGAUACUCAUUUGUCUCAGGGAGAAGAAGAUGGCAGCACAGCAGAACUCGAAACAGCACAGCCAACACCUCUAUGCAUUUAUCAGCAAACAAAACAACACCUACAGAAGCCUCCACAAAAUUUCAGUCUUUGAAUUCUUCUGAAGUUAAAAGGUUAUUUCAGCUGGCUAAACCUGAGAAGUGGACUCUAGCAUGUGCAAUUGGGCUUCUGGCAGUAUCCAGCACGAUAACGAUGGCUGUUCCCUUCGCCCUCGGUCACGUCAUCGAUAUUAUUUACACGGCGGACGCGGUGGACAUUAAGCAGAAUCUACAGCGCGUCUGUCUUGUCCUGAGUGGCGUCUUCCUCACUGGUGCUGCUGCCAACUUUGGGAGAGUUUAUCUGAUGAAUGUUGCAGGCCAACGUAUAACGCGCACUCUACGGUCGUCGGUGUUUGCAGCCAUCGUGAAACAGGAGAUCGGUUUCUUCGACGUUAACAAGACUGGGGAGCUGAUCAACAGACUGUCUGCGGACACGUCCCUAGUCUCACAGUCGGUCACCAUGAAUAUCUCGGAUGGUCUCAGGUCCACUGCCAUGGCUCUAGCUGGUGUUGGCAUGAUGUUCUACAUGUCGAUCGAGUUAGCCGUGGUUGGCCUGGGCAUCGUCCCCCCAGUGGCGCUGAUGGCCGUGUGGUAUGGCCGCUAUGUCCGCAACAUAACCAAAGGUGUACAGGACACUCUUGCACAAUCAACACAAGUGGCAGAAGAAAGAAUUGCCAACAUCCGCACUGUGAGGUCAUUUGCCCAAGAGCCUCAGGAGGUCAGGAGGUAUGACACAAAUAUUGACAAUGUUCUCCGUAUGACUUUUAAAGAAUCUCUUGCAAGAGGAAUUUUCUUCGGCCUGACUGGGCUGAGUGGCAACAUCAUCAUACUCUCUGUCCUGUACUAUGGUGGAGGUCUGGUGACAGAGUCGGCCCUCACCAUAGGGCAGCUCUCGUCGUUCCUCCUGUAUGCUGCAUAUGUCGGCAUCGCCAUGGGUGGAGUGUCUUCAUUCUACUCGGAAAUGAAUCGUGGUCUUGGGGCGUCCACGAGGCUGUUUGAGUUGAUGGAACGUACGCCAACGAUCCCAGUCCACGGAGGUACAUCAUCUUUCCCUAGUUGUGUUUGUGUGAUAUUGUGUGGCCAGUUGUUAUAGUGUAGCACAGUAAUGUUGUGUGGUGAGGCUGCUUUCUUUUGAACUGUUGGCUGACUUGAGGUUCACUGAGGAUUUGGUUUCAUAAAAUCAAGUUGUUCAGUUCUGCUUCAUUAGCUCACAUGCCAGUUAACCUUUCUCAUCUGGAAGAGGAGUUAACACCCCUGUCUGUCAGUCACCCACCAGACCAUCAGCACACACAUGUCUCCUCUUAGUGAGUCUCUGGGGUCUGGUGAUAGCUAUAGUAUAUAGUUGGAUAAGGAUUGAGGAUUCCCUGUUUUAUUUGCAUUAUUUUUUGUGGCUUGAAAGACGCUGCAAUGCCA